AAUGGUAAAUAUGUAAAUAACCCCUUUCCCCCUGCGGCACCGAGAGAGCCAAGAGCCGAUCAAAAAAAAAAAAAACGAGAGCCAAGAGGAGCAGCAAAAUCCGGCGCCGCGGCCUGAUUCCAGAAGUUCCUUGCAUCGCCGCGUCGGCGUCAGUCGAGCGUAGCCAGCGCAUUGGUAAUUGGUGUCGCGCGCGGUGCGGCGCUCGCGCGAGAUCGAGGCAGAGCAAUGCCGCGUCGGUAGGGAUGGCGGCGGCGGCGGCAGCGCCAUGGCGAGGGGCAUAGCGCGGGCGGUGUCGUUCGGGGGCCGGGCGACCGCAGGGUGGUGCUCCUACCGUCGCGUCACCGUGGCAGUCUGCCUCGGCAACCUCGUCGCCGCGCUACUCGUGCUCCGCUCCCUCACCGCCCCCACCCCCGCCUCCUUCGCUCCAACCGCUCCCAACCCCGGCGUGGUGCAGUACACGGAGGAGCAGAUUAAAAGAGUGGAGGAGUCGAUCCGAAUCCGCCACGAGGCGGAGCCUGUCGAGCUCGUGCAAGCGGUGAAGAAGCUGCAGAAGGUUUUCACGCGAGAGGAGAAGCGGCGGAAGGAGCUGCCACUGGAGCUGAAGCAGAAGAUCUCGUAUGAUAUUGUACGGCGGCUGCAGGACUUGGGGGAUAAUGGUAGUCUUGCACAGCAAAGAGAAGCUGUCGAAUCAUGGCAUGCUGAGAAGUUAAAAGACCUCAAAAGUGCAUCUACUCAAAAUCAGACAAAUUUGGACCUAUCCAGUGAGGAAACUAGAAUGUUAAAACAAGCCCUGGAGUUCAAUUGGCGUAUGCUUAUGGAGGAUAUUGGCCUUUUGAUACCAGUGGAAGUCACUCAUACUGUACAUGAUGACAAACCUGAAAAUGAACCAGAAGAAGAAGAGAUAAUAGCAGGUCCACCUUUGUCUCCACAAUGCAAUGCUGAGCUACAUACUGAUUAUGAUGGUGCUGCUGUUAGAUGGGGCUUAACACACCACAAAGAAACUGCUGCUGAUUGUUGUCAAGCUUGUCUCGAUCAAGCUAAGAAUGCAAAGCCAGGGGAAUUGAAGUGCAAUAUAUGGGUUUAUUGCCCAUCGGAGUUUGGAUGCUACUCACCAGACAAAUAUGAACAUAAACAUCAGGAGUGCUGGUUGAAACAGGCCGACAACCCUAAACUGAACUUCAAAGACAAGUAUUCAGAGUCUUACAGAGAUACUCAUCCCACCGCCCCUGUUGCCGUGCCAUGGAUGUCUGGUGUCAUCAGUGCAUGAACUAACAGUCUCCCAGCAGCUCAAUUGAGAUUCAUGCUGAUGCAAAUGCAACUUCGACACAGCCAUACAUUUUUUUAUUUCUUUUUCUUCUUUCUUGCCACUAUACUGCCUUGUUUUUCUUCUUCUUUCUGACCUCGCAUAUACGAUGUAAAACUUAGCUUAGUCGACUCGGAAGCAAACGUUUUUGUGGGAUGAUGUUGAAGUACAAUCGGAGUUGGUAGUGGUCAACUUGAUUCAUAUA